CGCCGCGCCAGGCCAGGCGUCGAUAGCAGGUUCGCGGCGCCGCGCGCCAGGGGGCGCCAGGGGGCGCCGAGGGGGCAGAGCCGAGCGGAGCCGAGUGGAGCCGUCGGGCCAGUGGCAGUGUGGGCCGAGCAGCGUGGAGGAGGCCGUGAGCAUCAAGGCCUGGCCCAACGAGUGGCCCAGCCCAGCCGAAGCACCCGGACACCGCGCCGAGCGCCACGCAAAACUCAAGUCUACCAGCGGGGCGAGGCAAGCGCAGCAGCCUGUAUGAGCCCGAGGCACGGUCUUGUGGUGCAGUCCCAGCCGACCCCGCAGAAUGAGAAUACUGUCUCCUUGUUAGAAUAUGCUGAAGAUACCGAAAGGGCUCAAGAAAAAGAAGAAGGGCAAAAAGGGUAAACACAAAGGAGACGAGGAUCUCUUCACCCCCGAAGAGCUCGAAGAAUACAAGAGGCAGAAGGCCCUUCGGGAACAGCAGGAGCACCAGGAGGCCGAGGCCGAGGAGGCCGGCGCCGACGAGCAGGCGCACGCGCACGCACCCGAGCACUCACACGCGCACGCGACCAGCUCUGCCGCUUCCGACAACGGCGCCGCCACCGCCGCCGCUGCCGAGGACGAGGACCGCCUGCAAGCACUUCUCGGCGGAGUCGACUCCAUCCUCAACAAGACCCAGCGCGACCUCGAGCGCAUCAAGCAGACCAGCUUCUUCCAGCGCAAGCCGACCCCAAGCGAGCUCGAGAGCAAGAGGGCCCAGGGCGCCCCGGGCCGUCCGACCGCACCCACCGCUGCGGCGGUAGCCACAGCGUCCGCCUCCAAGAAGGGCAAAAAGAGGUGGGUCGGAUUUGAGGGUGACGGGGACGAGGACGACAGCGAGGACGAGCACCCGCACCCACCCGAGGCGAGCGCAGCCGCCGCGGCCGCCGCCUUCGAGCCCGCGCCAGAGCAAGCCGCCGCACACGAGGAAGAGGAGGAGAGCGAGGAGGAGGAGGACGACGGAGAUGACAUUUUCGACACUUCGUACAUCGAUGUGAUCACCAGCGGGGAAGUCAAGCUCGCCUACAUCCCGGACAGCCCCACCGAGCAGCCCGACGACGGCGACGACCCGUUCGACACUACAUACGCCGCCAAGGUCAUCGGCAACGACGAGGACAUCAAGAAGCGGCAGAAGCUCGAGAAAGUCAGCCUUGGCAUCGCCGUCGACGUCCUCACUGGCAAGGCUGCGCCCCCGAGCAAGCCACCCCCACUCCCAGAGAACGCCGUCGCCAAGCGUGCGGUCCCCCGGCGCGUGAAGCCUGUCGACCUUCUCAAACUCGGCAGCUUCGACGAAGGGUCGGUCCCUGCACCAGGAGAGCCGACCGAAGGAGAGGCUCCAGCCAAGGCGGACGAGCCCCUCAGCCUCCUCGAUGACGACGAGCUUCUAGCUAUCCCAGAGGAUCUCCCACCCGUCGGCACCCCUAUCAUACCCCCAGCAUCCAUAGUCACUGCUGCACCCGGACCGAAAGAAGACCACACCCAGGAGCAGGACAAGCAGGAGGACAAGCAGAUCGACCUCUCUGAGUUUGAUGUUAUCGCGGAGAAACCCGCAGUCCAACUCCCAGUCAGUAACCUCGCCCUUGUCGCCGCCGCCCUAGGAGGACCACCAGUCCCAGCACUCGAGGAGGAGGACGACGAGCUCGAGGACGAGUUUGCCGCUCUCGCUCAGGAGUCCCUUCAGAAGCAGAAGGAGGAGGAAGACGAGUUUGCUGUCGACGGCGACGACCCCUUCGACACCAGCGCCGCGGCCGUCAUCCUUGGCGAGCCCGACGAGCCCGUCAGAGAGACCAAGCCCGCCGCCGAUGUCGAUGUCCUUCUAGCCGGGCCCCCAGCUUCCUGGUCGGCCUUUGACGACGACGAGCACCCGCACCCGCAACUUAAGCCUUCACGACCCCCGCCGCCACGCCCCGCAGCGCCGCACAUCGCAGCACACAUUGCACAUGAGGAGGCCGACAUCGACCCCUUCGACACUUCGUUCGCACAGAACAUACUCCCCGGCAAAACCGAGCUCAAGUUGAUCGAGAAGGAGAUCCUUAGCGACCACAACGAGGCACGCAUCCUCUCAAACAGCGACAGUGACUUCGACUUCAACCCCCGAGAAGGCGAAGAGCAAAAGCAGCAACAGCAGUCACAAGUCAGCUUCUUCGUCACCGACCCGGCUGGCGAUAUCGACCACAGCCCGGUAGUGCACCGCGAUCUCCUGGGCGGCAGCAGCAGCGACCUCUCGCAGCUUGGACACGAGCCCAUCGCCGCGGACGCCGCCAAAACCGAGGAGGACGAGGAGACCGCUCUUCACGACGACCCCUUCGACACCUCUGCCGUUGACACGGUAGCAGCCCCUGGGCGCACCGAGCUUCGCUACCUAGAGAAGGAGAUCCUAGGCGACACACCGACAAUCGUCGCGGAAGACGACGAUUUCGAUCCCCGCGCCGAGGAGUCAAAGACCCGAGCCGCACGGCCCGACGUACUCCCCGGAGUCCCGAAGACCGUCGCGUUUGCGCUCCCUUCACCCGCAACUGACCUGCUCGCUGGUGGUGAGGAGGCGGGAGCCAAGUUCAGCAAGCCCCUGACGCCGUACUACUCAGAUCAGGCCCCUACUAUCGCCACUGACGUCGACCCGUUCGACACUACACACGUAACCAACCUCGCACCGGGCAAGACCGAGCUCAAGAUCCUUGAGAGUGAGCUGGUAGACGGCUCGUCCGGCGCCCAGCCUGCCCUCUCUGACGACGAGUUUGAUCCUCGUGGGGCCCAGUUCCGACCCGCUCCCGCGGAUCCCAACCAAGACCUUUUCAAGGUCGAAGACGGCGAAAACGUCGGACAUCGUCCUCUGACUCCAGCCGUCGAGGAGCAAGUCGACGUCGAUCCGUUCGAUACCUCGAUCGCGAGCAACAUCGCCCCAGGCAAGGCUGAACUCAAGGUCCUAGAGAACGAGCUCAUCACCGGAGACCCCCAGCCCUCCAUCAAGCGCACCUACACUGACCCAGACUUCAACCCGCGAGACGAGCCUGGCCAGUCCUGCCAGGACCUGCUCAACGAGCCGGCAGACCCCCAUCACAGCGCAAAGCCCCUAACGCCCGUCCUUGGUGAACAGACGUCUCUGGAGAACGCAGAGGACAUCGACCCGUUCGACACGUCCAUCGCGACCGAUAUCGGCCCGGGCAAAACCGAGCUCCGCAUUCUCGAAUCCGAACUAAUCGGCCAACAGUAG